AUCGCUCCCCGGCUGCACGGCCAUUGUAUAUCGCCUUGACAAAGAUUUCAAUUUGAGAAGAAUCCUGGCGACUAUAUUGACCUCUCCCCCAAAAAUGACUGCGGCUCCUUCUGCGCAAUUUAUUCACCACUGAAUCUUGCUUAUUGUCGAUACUAUCAUGUCGAUACCUCAUGCUUUCGUAUAGUCCAGCGCCAUGGCUUCAUUCCAUCCAUCCCCGACCGGAGGAGGAAGCGGCACAGCGUCGUCCAACGCAGUUUCCGAUCUCCCCCAGUCGCAGAUCGAUGCCAUCAUAAGAACCAAACGAAAAGCCCGAGAGCCGAAAGCUUGCUAUCCUUGCCAUACCAGAAAAGUCAAGUGUGAUCGCAAUUUCCCUUGCGACGGCUGCGUGAAACGAGACCAUGCAGACCUAUGUUCUUACGAACGACCGUCGAAAAAACGACAAAUGGUUACCAGCCAAUUAUAUUUGGACAAUGCCAUGAAUUAUGAUUCUGUAGAAAAAGAGACGCCGAGUCUCGAUGUACCGAUGAAACCGACCGCCGCAGAGUCCUCGUCAACGAAUAGUCCUCUGGGAACACGAGUCUCAAUCCCUCGAGAAGAUUGGGACAAUGUAUGUAACAAGCUGAAGGAAAUGGAAAGCACGAUCAUUGGACUUCGAAGUGGCCUGGAGCAAAUCGACGGACACAACCCUGCCAUUCCAUCUACAAGCAACCGUGCCACCGAUACAAGUCAACGCUCCGAGCGUGCGUCGCCCGAGCGCGAAGGUAUUCAUACCGCCCAUAUGUAUGGCGAAGGUACAGUCCAUCUUGGGUCGCGGUCGGUCCUAGCAUAUAUAUUAAACAAGUCUGGUUCUCUGCAAGCCCAAGCUCUUCUUGAAGGCGGUCUUCUGCCGAAGCUUGGCCUUGAUAAUGAGACCGCAACAUAUCCGUUUGUAGACUUGUGGUCUUCGGAUACUUCAUCUUUUGAUGUGAACGCGGUCUGUAGUGCACUUCCCAGCGAUGAACAGAUUAAAGAGUUUUUUUACUUUUAUAGAGAUAUUGCAGGCUGUCUUUAUCCUGUGCUUGUCGAUGUUCCGGGCUUUGAACAGAAUUUAGAGACAUUUUUACAAAAUAGAGCAGCAGCUGGGGGUGUCUUAAGAACUGAUGAUGACAGAUUUCUUUCUCAGGGCCCUUUCGGAAUGAGCCUGGCCUUUAUUGGCUUGCUUUUUGCUGUUUUGGCAUCGGGCUGUCAGUCGUCAGAUCUCCCUGGCAAAGAGAGAGAAUUGACAUCUCAAGUCUAUGUCUGCUGCUCCUAUCAAUGCCUCCGAAUGUGUAAUUUCGUCUCCCAGCCUACCCUUGAAGCCAUGAAGACGCUUCUAAUUAUUGGAAAUGUUCUCUCUUACAACAUGAACCCAGGAGUGUCUUACGUCCUACUAGGCAUGACUCUUCGCAUGGGCAUAGCACUUGGACUUCAUGCCGAAUCGAAUCGAUUUGACUUUGUCGAACGGUACACUCGGAGACAUAUCUGGUGGUCUAUGGCGUGGCAAGACAGCCAUUUCUCUCUAUCUUAUGAUCGACCUUCCACGGUAGCAAUCAGUCAACCUGAAAUUGCUGAUCGAGCGGAGUCUCAACCUGGAAACCGUGAUUACUUUGAAACGAUGUGUAGGAUCAUAGCCUUGACCCUGGAGGUCGUCCGUGGGCGUAUGGUUACUCCUAACUCACAUAUGAGCUUCAAGACCAUCCAAGAGUACAAAGAGAGAAUCCAGAAGAUGCUAGCAGAUGCGGCUCCUCAUCUGCGGGAUCGCAAAUAUUGUCACACGUUGAUGAAUAAUUUGGAAAGACUUGCGCUUAAAGUGCAUUUCUCAUAUAUCACAUCAGAACUUUGCAGGCCAGUACUCAAAGCUGAAGCAGACAAAACAGAUCCUCUAUUUUUCAAAGUGCGACAGGAUUGCGUGGAAAGCCUCAUUAACACCGUUGAAUCCUAUAUUGAACUCCACUCUUACAGUAGUCAUGGCUCACGCGCCUGGAUAACUUUGCAACGCGCUAUUAGCUGUGCGUUUCUUCUCGCCGUGAUUGAUGAAGGAAAAACAGAACCAAAAGUCCGGGGUCUCUUACAUCGUCUAGAAGUCAUUAUAGCAGAACGUGCUAGUGCGGAAGACUCGUUGCAUGGGCAACAAAUCGCCGAAGCUUCGGAUUCUGUACCCGUCGAUUCGCAUACACAAUGGGCGAAACCCCUUGUCAAGUCUCUGCGUGCCUUGCAGAAGCUGAAUAUUGCCUUUAAUACAUACGGUGCUCAAAAUCCUUCUCAAACACGUCGCAGCAAUAGUCCAUACGGACAAUACUCUAGCCAAGUGAUGCCGUCGUCAGUUUACACACAGAACUCAUCUACAUCGGCGAAUGCCUGUGUUACGCCGAAUAUGGGCUCGUUACCUCCUCCAACACCAGAGAGCUCAAGUAGCGGUGAUUGGACAAUCCCUAAUCUGCUAGACCGGGCUGCAGAAUAUAUUCAUCCUCCUCUGUGGGGUUAAACAUAUAUAUAUUUGAAUUUUAUAGCUCUAACAAUUUUGACAUGGUAUGAUUUGCGGCGUUCAUUGGAUUGGAUGAAAUAUAUAUACACUGGCUUGUUUGUAUAUUGGUGUUUCUUCCAGCUAUCACAUAUUUAUGGGUUGAUCAAUUAUCCAACAAUUCAGCCACAAAGUGUUAUCAUUGCAUGAGCGGAGCACUGGGAAAUUGCUUGAAGGUAUACCAACUUUGUGGGAUUUAUUGUUUCAAUGUUAGGUGUAUAUUCAACAUUGAAGAAUCCCAAAUACGCAGGUCAAGAUUCUUACUAUCACUUCUGAAUAUAUCGCAAAGCAUACAUGUCAUGUCAACUAGCAUAGAACAGUCGUGUUAUUCACCAUCAUAUGCACCAAAGAGAUCUUGCGAAUAAACAUCCUGCAAUCUCUAGAGCAAGUUAAACGCGAUAUAGCGAAGGAAAUUUAUUGGCCACAAACAAGACUAUCUAUUAUAG